UAUUUCCCUUCUCACAAGGAACCCCUCUCUCUCCCCCUUCACUCUUUGAUUUCUUUUCAUAUCUUCCAUAACUCCUCUCUUUCAACAACCCCUUUUGUUUCCUUCAAAGAACCAAUGAAUUCCCUUGUUUCAAAAACCAAACUUUCUUCAGCUUCAAGUCCUAGCAGCAGUGGCUGUAGCUGUAGCAGCAGCAGUGAGACUGAUGAUAGCCCCCUCUCUUCUCAACGGUUCGAACUCCAUAAUUUCAAGUUUCCUGUUUCUGGGUUCCAUUCUCAUCGACCAUUGGCUGUUCUUUCAGGUCAUGUUGGGUCUGUUUCUUGUUUGGCCUUGUGUGGAGAGUUCAUAUUAAGUGCCUCACAGGGAAAGGAUAUCAUAGUGUGGCAACAACCAGAUUUGAGGGUGUUUGCAAAGUUUGGCCAAGGUGAUGGUUCGGUGAAAGCCCUUGUAAGUGUUGGCAACAAGGUUUUUACAGCACAUCAAGAUAGCAGGAUCAGGGUUUGGAAGGUGUCAAGGAGUUCAGAGAAUGUGUUCAAGCUUGUUGACACCUUGCCCACCACCAAGGACUAUUUGGGGAAGUUCAUGAAGCAGAGCAACUAUGUCCAGACUCGGAGGCACCAUAAGCGUUUGUGGAUUGAGCAUGCAGAUAGCAUUUCUUGCUUGGCUGUUUAUAAUGGUUUGAUUUAUUCUGGGUCGUGGGAUAAGACCCUUAAAGUGUGGAGGCUCUCGGAUUUGAAGUGUUUGGAGUCUAUUAAGGCUCAUGAUGAUGCCAUUAAUGGGUUGGUAGCAUGUAAAGGGAUUGUGUAUUCUGCUUCUGCUGAUGGGAAGAUUAAAGCUUGGGGAAAGGUUGGGAAGAACUCACAUUGUUUAAAAGGAGUUCUGGAGGGUCACAAAGAUGUUUCCUUUAAUUCUGUAGUUGUUUCUGAUGAUGGCAAAUGGAUUUAUGGAGGGGGUUCGGAUGGUUUUAUUAUGGGGUGGGAGGAAAGUGGGAAUUUUGAGAGUUGGAAGCUUGUUUCUGAAACCAAGGCACAUGGAAUGGCUGUUUUGUGUAUGUGCCUAAUGGGGGAGUUUUUGUUCAGUGGCUCAGCUGAUAGAACCAUAGGUAUUUGGAAGAGAGAGGCUUUUGGUAAGCUUUGUAAAGUUGGGAUCAUAAGUGGCCAUGAAGGGCCAGUGAAGUGUUUGCAAGCCUCAUCUAAUAGAAUUGGUGGUGGCUUUUUACUAUAUAGUGGAAGCCUUGACAGAAGCGUGAGAGUUUGGUGGGUUCCAAGGUAUAAUAAUAAUGCAGAAGUAGAGGACAACUCUACAACACUUAGCACUCUCAAUGAAUCCAUCAUUUCAUGUUAG